UUGGCGCCAAGGCUUGAGAGAGUUGCCCAGAAGUCAACAAAGAUGGAUGCCGCCGGGAAAACGAAGUUCCGAGUUGUGACUGCCUUCAAAAUGCGGGGGCUCAUUCUCCGACCUGAGGCCAGCAAGUACCUGGUGGAGGUCCUGCAGCCUGUCAAAACCUCUGAGCUGGAUGACGUAAUCGAAAGAGUGCUAGAUGCUGUUGAGAAGCAACCAUUGUCUUCUAGCAUGAUCGAGCUAGCGGUGGUGGAAAACGCAGUGGAGGACUGCUCUCAAUCCUCCGACGAGGCCGCAAAUAACAUUUUCAACAUCAUCGGAGCGUUCGACGUGCCCAGAUACAUUUACAACGCGGAGCGGAAAAAGUUUGUCCCCGUCCAUUUGACCAACCAUCCUGCUCCGAGUCUGUGCGGUGUCGCCAGAGACAAGGCGGAACUUUUUCGGGAGCGCUACACGAUCUUGCAGCAGCGCACACGUCGACAUGAGCUGUUCACCCCGCCUGUCAUCGGAGCUGCUGUAGUGCCGAAUCAAAACAAAUUUCAGCUGAAGACUGUCGAAGCUUUACUCGGCAGCACUUCCAAACUGGGAGGUGUGAUCGUACUGGGCAUGAUCACGCAACUAAAAGAGGGGAAAUUCUACCUGGAAGAUCCAACGGGAACAGUCGAGCUCAAUAUGUCCAAAGCACAGUUUCACAACGGCCUUUACACUGAAUGCACUUUCGUCCUGGCUGAGGGCCGGUACGAGGACUCGGUGUUCCACGUCAACGGGUUUGGCGCGCCGCCGGUAGAACCUUCGUCGGCCACGAGGGCCUACUUCGGCAACGUGAACUUCUUCGGCGGGCCGUCCACGACGUCGGUGAAGGCGUCGGCCAAGCUCAAGCAGCUGGAGGAGGAGAACGAGGGGGCCAUGUUUGUCCUGGUUUCUGACGUGUGGCUGGACAGCGUGGAAGUGAUGGAGAAGCUCAACCUGAUGUUCUCAGGCUACGCCGAAGUGCCUCCCACCUGUUUCGUCUUCUGUGGAAACUUCUCUUCUGUCCCGUACGGGAAAAGUCACGUCAGAUCGCUUAAAGAGUCGCUCAAAUUGCUAGCUGACAGCAUAUGUGCACAUCCCAACAUACACAACAAUAGCCGUUUCGUGUUUGUUCCCGGCCCCGAAGAUCCAGGCCCAGGCGCCAUGCUGCCGCGACCUCCACUGGCUGAUUACAUCACUGAGGAGUUCAGAGAGAAGGUUCCUUUCUCCGUGUUCACCACCAACCCAUGCAGGAUCCAAUACUGCACCCAGGAGAUCAUCAUCAUCCGGGAGGACUUGGUCAACAAAAUGUGCAGAAACUGCGUGAGCUUGCCCAACACCAACUUGGAUAUCCCCAACCACUUCGUGCGGACCACCCUGUCCCAGGCCCACCUGGCCCCGCUGCCUCUGCACGUCACCCCCGUGUUUUGGGCGUACGACUACACCCUGCGCCUGUACCCCAUCCCCGACGUCGUGGUCUUUGCGGACAAGUACGACCCCUUCAACAUCACCCACUCCGACUGCAUCUGCGUCAACCCGGGCUCUUUCCCAAGAAGUGGUUUUUCAUUUCAAGUCUACUAUCCAUCCAACAAAACCAUUGAGCAAAGCAAACUUCAAGAACUUUAAAGAGAUGAGAAGUUUCCUUUUAACUGUAUAUGGAAUUAAACUGUUGUUUUUUGUGUAUAUUGUUUUUAAAAGUGUGUUCUGUAAUGAAUAAUGUUAUGAAAUGCAGUUGUUUUGAAUCUG